GUUAGUCUAUAGUUUAUGGUUAGUUUGUGUGUCCACGAACGAUUUCGUUGUUAUUGUGCUAUAAAUUUAACAUAAAGCUGUUGUUUACACAAUUCUAGAUUUAAUCCAAAAACGUAAUAAUAAUAAACUACAAUCAUGGCGAAAAUGGCAUUUCAGCACCAAGCCGGCACGGCAAUGGAGUGCCUAAGUAUACCAAUAACCCUACAAAAAGAAGCUGGAGUAGAUGCAGAAGGAAGGGAGGUCAUGAAAUGUGGGUUUAAAAUAGGCGGUGGUAUUGACCAAGACUACCGCAAAAGCCCUCAGGGGUACACCGACAAUGGAAUUUAUGUAACUGAAGUUCACGAAGGGAGCCCUGCAGCUAAAUCCGGCCUAAGAAUGCAUGACAAGAUUCUACAGUGCAAUGGUUACGACUUCACAAUGGUGACACACAAGAAAGCCGUUAGCUACAUUAAAAAACACCCUGUGCUCAACCUGCUGGUGGCUCGGAAGGGAGUCACGUCCACAUAAUCUUACAACGCUCACAUCCAUUCUGUACUUGAUAUUUUGUGUAGCCGGUGACAAGUAUUAUAAACUAAGUGAUUAUAUAUUGUUAUUUAUUGUUUAAUAAGUACAUAAGAUUUAGGUUUAAAUAUUUAUGAAGAUAUUUUUUUACUCAGUAAUUAAUUCAGUACUAGUUCAUUCCUUCAAGUUUGCAAGAGCAUUAAUGUGCGGUUGCGUUAAUUAAUUUCUCGUCAACAAGUGAGUUACCAGGGAUAUCUCAAAUGCUGCCAUUUAUAUCUUCUUUAAACUUUUUACUCUAUGUAUUAUGAAUUAUUGUAGAAUUGUCUAUUACUGUUGAAAGAGAGAAAACAUGUAUUUUAAAAUGUAUUACUUAGUUACAAAUUAUCUAUCUUGUUAUAAAUCAGUUGAUUUAUUUGUAUAAUUAGGUGUUUGACAAAGAUUUCAAUUCAUGACACAUUUUUGUAUUUUUUUUUAGAUAUUUUACAUUGAACAAAGUAAAAAAGAAAACUGAGGUAAGAGACACUAACUGCGUGUUAAUAAUACUCAUUGUAAUAAUAAUUUAUCAGUUUUAUGUACAUAUAGUUCCAUCCGUCUAUUUCGACAUUGAAGUUCAUCCGAUGGACUAGCAGCUAGUUUUAAUCUAAGGCUAUGCUUUAUAAAGUUGUACUGACAAAAAAUCUGAACCCAUGAAACAAUAAUACCUACUGAUACUGUAACUCGGCUAUGUACCUUUUUAACACCAAUUAUAACCAAUAAGAAAUAUCAGAGCUAUCUAUGUACUUUCAAGUAAGUUUUAUUGUAUCUGUCUCUUUUAUAAACAAUCAGGAUAACCUUUUGAAGUAUACUGUAAUAUAUUUACGCGGUUAUUACACUGAUGCGAAUUCGCACAUUGCGGUGUAUGAGCGUGUUAGCUCUAUGCGCGUAUAUAGCGAUGUCCCGCUCGCACACCGGAGCAGCGUGCAAACCCGCAUCUAAUGUGAAGACCUAACUCACGCAUCUUGUGAUAAUGUACAAUUAAUCCUGUGCCAAUUAGCAAAUACUAUUGUAACAAUAUACAAAUACCAGCACUUGUCCUAAUUCUACUUUUCAUCACAUUUGCAUUCUGAACCAUUGCACAUAGAUAUAAUAUAAACCAAUGACUGAAGCAUAAUGUAAACAGCUAAGGCAUUUUUUUACUAUUACAUACAUUUUGUACACAGUGGCACACCAAAGACUAGUAGAAUACGAACAGACAAGGGCAGCUAGUAAAGUGCAGUUUAGUGUUGACUGGUCUUUGACCAACCAGGGGCCCAUUUCUCGAACGGUAUUAGACUAAUAUUAUUAGUCCACGAACUGGGGCCCAUUUCUCGAACGGUGUUAGACUAAUAUUAUUAGUCCACGAACUGUCAAGUCGUAUGGGUUACCAUGGCAACACACUAAUAAUAUUAGACUAAUACCGUUCGAGAAAUGGGCCCCAGGAGCAGUUUAUGACAAGUACUUAAUGAAAACUUGUGUGAGACUCGGUGAAUGCAUUUACAGCGAAAUGAUAUUAGCUUUAGGAUUUACAUGUUUAUUAUAUUUUGUUUAAGACCUUACAUGAAUUUAUUGAGGAAAUAAAAAGUGUUACUAAGAAAUAAA